AUGGAUUCAAUCCAGAUUGCCAGAAGCUCGUAUAUUCCAAAGAUUAUUAAAAAGAAAAAUCCUGAUAUGCCGAUUCCGGAUAUCAAGGCCAGUUCUUCGGAAUUUAUGUUUAAUGACCAUGCGAAUCGAAGACAGAAGGCAGUUGUGCGAAGGAUGCCAAAGAAGAGAAAUGCCGUGAAAGCUAACGAAGGUAGUGGUGUUGGUAUCGAAGCAUCGAAUACAAGCAUAGAAAUUUGCAUGAUGUAUUUCGAAUUAUAUUUAACAAGGAGA